AUGACGGGACUCUUCACGUAUCGAAACUUUGACUUGCGGGAUACUCCAGCGUUGGAUGGACGAGUGGCGGUGGUGACAGUAUGUGUGUUCGUCGUGUCGUGCCAGAUCACGGCGCAACUCCUGCUCCAUGGUAUAGCAAAAAUCUUCAUUGUCGCCCGCAGCGCAGACAAAUUCCAGAUUGCCCGAGAAGAAUGGAGGCAGCGUGAAGGCAUUUCACUCGGCGAAAACGAUGCCCGAGUCGAGUUUGUCAAGUGUGAUCUGGGAAAUAUCAGCGACGUGAAGGCUGCAGCCGAGAAGAUCAAGCACAAGACGGAUCAAGUUCACAUCCUGAUCUGUAACGCCGAUGCAGGACUCGGGGUUCCGAAAGAAUACAAGCGCUCGCCGCAGAACAUCGAAUGGGUCUUUGCGACCAACUGUGUGGGACACCAAGUGCUUGUCACACUUCUGUUGCCUCUUCUGAAAAAGGCACUGCUGACGAGCAGCAAUGGCGAUGUCCGCGUCGUCGUAACCAGCUCGUCGUUGCAUCUCGUAUGUCGACGACUGGACCUGGACCAACUGAUAUCGCCAUCUCGCAUCAAGUGGCCCGCCCUGUAUGAUGGCGUCUGGCGGUACGGUCGAUCGAAAUUGGGCAAUAUCCUGUUUGUGAAGGAGCUGAGCCGUCGGCUCCUGCAAGAUCGGGAUCCGGCCACCAAGCAUAUCUAUGUCAAUGCUUUCUUCCCAGGGAAUGUGGUCACCGACCAGUGGCUGGGCUGGAGUGCCUAUGUUGGCCGAUUAGUUGGCUCGCUCGUCAGGCUGGCUGGCACUUAUUGGGGUCAGAGCCUAGAGGAUGGUGCUGCGACGGCUUUGUUUCUCGCUACAAGUGACGAGGUGCGCGACAAGAACCACCGAGGCCAGUAUUUUGUUCCCAUUGCAACGGCGUGCGAACCGAGUGCGAUGGGCCAGGAUCUGAAGCUGGCCCGGGACUUAUGGGUAAAUACACAUUCGAAUCAUGCUAGAUGGUUGGCUGAUCUGAGGUUGCAGGACUGGAUUGAUGCCCAGGCGACUGAGACUUUGGGGGUGGGUUGGCAGUAG